AUGAGCAAAAUUAAAGUGAUGAGCGUAACAGGUAAUCCCGAUUUAUUGCACUUCAAAAAUUUGCAAUUGACAGAACGAAAAAAGACUUAUGAGAUCUAAGAAAUGCAUGAGGUAAGUACAAUAAUAAAAAUUUAGUCUGAAUAUGAUCACCAAGUGAAACUGCUGAAAAGGGAUGCUUCAUUGAGAAUUUAAAUUAAGAAAUUACAACCUCUUUGUAACUAAGAACCGUUUACUAUGGAUGACUCAUUUAUGUCUAAAACAGUGAAAAGGUUUAUAAAAUAGAAAUAUCAUAGACCAUUGUUAUUGAUUUAGAAUGGAACACCUACUGUACAUGCAGGUCGUAGAAUUAAAUUUACUCAGACCAUGAUUAGUUAAGCCUAUGAAUCACAAUUGAGAUUUUUUAAUUCAAGAAAGAAUAGUAUAUUUUGUUUAAUCACCUUUAGCUUAUGUAUAAAUGAUGUUGUCAAUCGAUGAUUAACUUCACCCAGUUGUUAUUGAAUUAUUUAACGACUUUGCCCCUAAAGCGUGUGAAAAUUUCACCAAAUUCUGUGAAGGUGUCAAUAUUGAAGGCAAAUUUUAUUCUUAUAAAAAUAGUAAAUUCACUAAAUACAAACCUAAUGGUUGUAAUAUAAUUUAAAUUUAGGGUUUAUUUAAGGAGGUUAGUUUGAUAAAAAGAUAUCAAUUUACGGAGGGUAUUUUGAAGAUGAAUCUUAUGCAUUGAAACAUGAUUGCGAAGGUAUCAUUGGAUUUGCAAACGAUGGAUUUUAGCACACAAACCAUUCUUAGUUCUAUAUUACAUUGGCACCUAUGCCAUUCUUUGAUUAUAAGAGAGUGGCUUUCGGUAAAAUCAUAAGAGGCAUGAAAUAAAUACUAAAAGUUUUGAAAUAGGAAUAACAUACUGAUAUUGUUAUCUAUGAUUGUGGUCGUUAUGAUCAUUAAGCUCAAAUUAGAUUAAAACUAGAAAAAUUUACAGAUGACUUUUAUUCCAAUGUCCCAGAAAAUGCACAAUCAUUUAACAAGUUUAUUGAAGCAGAACAAUUAAAACACAACGAAGCAUCGGGAGAUUUCACUUAAUUAGUUAAAUAUCUUGUUGAAUAAAUGAGAAUCAUAUCUAAAUUCGUAUAUUCUCUAACCGGUCUUAAGAAAGCUAUUCAAUAGUUAAAUGAGUCAUUCCUUAAAACAUAAUAUUGCCAAAUACUAUAUAUUCUUGAUAAUUAAUAGACCUUGUAAGCAGAUAAUCAAUAAUCCAAAUAUAUUGUUGCUUUUCGAGCCGUAGAUGGCACAGAUUCAUGUAGAGCCUCAGCAUUUAUCAUUUUUAAGAAAUAAACUACACAGUUUAAGUAAGUUACUUUGAAUGAUUUUAAACAAUAAGCAGAACAAAUAGCAUCUAUGGGGUAUUGCGUAUAUGGUUAAACAACUUAACUUGUAUUUGGAACUGGAUACAAUUUGAGUAUGUUUACUCUAUAGAAUAAUGAUUUUAAGUUAUAAUAAUAGGAGUAUAUUAAUUAAAUUAUAUAUAGGUUGCAAAUACCCAAAAAAGAAACCUUUUACUCCAAUAAUAUCAAAGAUGAUUUCUUACAAAACAAAAUUAUAGCAAAUCUACCAACAAAGGUUCUGAGAUACACAGACAGUAUUUUUACCACUCUCCACCGAGUUGUACGUCUUGGCGGUUUGGCUAUGUACAAGGAAGUUUCCAUUUUUGAGGCCAUUAUCUGUGCUUUUACUCUAGCCAGGUCAUGGGGAUGGUCAUUUUGUGAUGGAACAAGUAAAUUUGAAUAUAUUGGUUAGCUACUUUCAAUCAAAUUAGAAUUAGAGACGUCAAUUAGUUAACGUAUCUUUAUCUUGGGUAAUAGAAAUGGAUCUAAAAAAUAGAGAACCAUUUCCUAUCAAUAGUUUGAUUAUUUUAAUUGUGUUAUUACAAACAAUAUUUUAC